AUGGAAACCAAAGAGGAACAGCAUGUUGAGUUGGAGAUCAAAGACGAAGAAGGCCAGCCUACGACAUUCCGUACGAGUGGCAUAGCAUGGAUCUAUUUGGUGGCCAUUAUAGCUGCCUACAUGAGCAGCAUAUUCGCCUGGCUCACAGCCUCCGUUGCACCUGUCACCUUCUCAGAAUGGACCAAUGCCUCAUUUACACAGCUCAAUUGGCUUACCAACGCCUUUUCUUUGACUCCCAUUGUACUGUCUCUGCCUUCAGCGUGGGCAUACGAGCGUUUUGGAAUAAAACCAUCUUUGAUAGUCGCGUCGUGCCUGACUGCUGUGGGCUGCUGGGUCCGAUGCAUCGCAAUAGCCGUUCCGCUACAUCAACGGUUUGCUGUCCUGCUUGUCGGCCAAACCAUCGCCGCUCUCGGCGCCCCAUUUUAUUACAACUUGCCGCCGUAUGGUUUACUCCCGAGUAUCGCGGCCUCGCUAACAUCUUGGCUGUUGCUGAUUCUGGCGGCCAUUGCGACGGUGAUGGUACUUCCUUUUCCGUUCUUGCCGGCGAAACCGAAACAUUCACCUUCCGUCACGGCCGACCUUGAACGACAACCGUCGGCGUGGCAAAGCCUCAAACUACUGAUGAAAAAUAUCAACUUUCUGUGGUUAACAAUCGCGUAUUCGUUCCAUCUUGGCAUGCUUUUUUCCAUAGGGGCCUUGACCGUGCAAAUUUUGAUCCCUUACGGUUACUCUGUCGAACGAAGCGCUCUCUGCGCCGCAAUACCACUCGUUGCAGGAACAAUCAGCGGAUUUAUUCCCAAUAAUUUCGACGUCGUAAUUAUUGCAUUUAUUGCCAAUGGAAUUUUUGUGAUUGCUCUUGUGCCAGCUUACCUGGAAUACGCAUGUGAAAUCGCUUAUCCUGUGGCUGAAUCCUUUACUAUGUCUAUCAUGUCUAUGACUGUCGGCGCUACGAACGUUAUCUUUGUGAUCGUGUUGGACAAAUUUCGAGCCGGUGAGGAUGCCCUCAUUCCAGGCGACAUGCACAACGCUCUAGUGGCUGCCGCCAUCAUUGUCACGGUGGGAUGUGUGCCCGUGAUAUGGAUUAAAGGAGAUAUGAAACGUUUAGCCAUCGACAACGGAUCGAUCAUUACCAAAUUGUAG